AAUUGUAUUCACAAUGAAUCUAUUUAUUAUUGAAAAUAAGGAAUAUUCAAGGUUUUUAGAUGAAGAAAGUGAACUAUAUAAGGAUCUGAAUUAUGAUUGUACUCUUUUAGAUAAUAGUCAUUCUGAUGUACAAUCUGAAUUUUUUUGUAACUCAACUACUACAAAUGUGAUAAAUAUUAUUAGUUUAGUUGAAGAUGAAAAUUUUAUUUUUACAGAAGCAAUAUCAAAUUUUAUAAAGGCCUAUACGAAUUCAAGACUAUUAAAUGAUGAUAAUCUUGAGGACAAUAUUAAUUAG